UCCUGUCUGCAGCUUCCUCUGCAUCCUCCCUUCAUGCUCUCUGGAGUCAGCUCCCACCAGGAUCUGUCCUUUACUGUCAGAGCGCAGCUGUGAAGAAGAAAACAUACGUUGAGUAACAUUACACUCAGAGGAAUUAAAAAAAACAAAACAAAAAAAGCAAAGACUUCGUUUGAAGGAGUGGUUGUAUGCUGCGUUCACGGACACGAUUGGAAUGAGAACACGCGCAAAAAAAGUUUUUAGCAAGACGAAUAUUUCAGGAUGCGCUGGUCAUUGUUCCCCAAUUUCGGCCUGCUUGUUUGUAUGCACAGCUAUAUAUCAGCCUUUACACUGGAAACCAGAACCCUGACAUACGAUGAGUCCUACUAUGAGUAUGUGGCCAAUCCAGUGCAGUGGAACAGUGCAAUGAAACUGUGCAACCAGCGCUCUGGAUCCUUGGCCACCGUCUCCAAUCCAGUAGAGAACCAAAAGCUUAGCAGCUUUUUAAAAUCCUUGAACAUCUCUCAGCCUGUGUGGAUUGCCAGGGAAGUCAUGACACAUCAUUUAAGCUCCCAGACCCUGAUUCUAGAGUUCAGUGGGCACUCAGACAGGAAGCAUGCCCGUCUCCUGCACAAGUUCCCCUCCAUGGGCUCAGUGACCGUUUGCACCCUUGUCCGCUUCGAUCCAAAUAGCUCUGGAAUUUCCACCAUCUUCUCUUAUUCCAUUAAGUCAUAUAUUAAUCAGUUCCUGCUCCGUGCAAAGUUGGUCCCGGGCAAGCUUGUUCAGCUGGCUCUGCAGGUUCACGGCAAUAAUGGACCUUACAUUGAAGCCUUCGACCACGACGACUCCUGGCACUCAGUGUGUGUUUCUUGGACCCAGAAUGGUGGACACUGGGCACUAUUUGCAAAUGGCCGUGAAGGUUUUAGGGGUGAAGGCCUAAACAGCUCUGAGGGCAUUGGCCGUGACGGCAUUUUCAUUAUCGGACAGGAGCUGGACACCUUUGGGGGCUCUUUUAAGAAGAAUGGAUCAUUCUCAGGGAGCAUUACAGAACUGCACAUAUGGGAUCGUGUACUGGAUAGAGCCGAAAUAUACACCAUGGAAAAGCAGUGCUCACCCAUUUCCUCUGGGCUGGUGUUCAACUGGAGUGGAGCAACCAUGGAAACAGAGACCUCCCUUACGAAACUGAGGAGCGACAACCCAUGUCAAGGAAACUCAGAAGAUUCUUUAUCGGAUUCCUUCCUGGACAGUUCUGUGGGGAACCAAACACUCUCCUAUGAAUUCCUCAGCUUUUGGUUAGAUAAGAAUUGUGGCAUCUUUCAACCUACUAAAGAGACCUGGAGCUUCACCAAGUGUGACUCACUCAGAGGGGCUGUCUGCCAGUUUAAGAAAGAAGUACCAGAUGUUAUUGCUUUACCAAAGACACCAUUCUUCAGUAGACUGAGUCAAGAUCCUCUGACAAAACCUGUGAUGGAGGAGCUAAGCGUUAACCCCUCCUUGGACAGAGAUCUGACCUUGCUGCAGCAGCUGACCCAGGCUGUUCUGAAUAUGUUAGAGGCCGGUGGCCCGAACCUCCUUUCUUCCAGUGAUGUCCUUUACCUCACCCAGAUGAUUGAGAUGGACCUGACUGCAUUGGCUAGCACUCACUCCACUGGAGUUGAUGCUGCAGAAGUCAUGGUCUCCAUUGCUACCAACUACGUAAAGAUGGCGAGUUUGAUGCUGGAGCCCCAGAUGGCUACACAGUGGAAGGGCAUGACAGAGGAUGGGGUCAGCGUGGGGCCGUUUACUAUUGUCAAGAGCAUCGACAAUCUCACUGAAACUCUUGCUGACAUGCUAGCUGCCGAGGGAAGAGGCUUCACUCUUUUAACCAAGAACAUAGAUGUGUACUUGAAGUGGCAGAAGCUGUCUGAAGAGAGCUGUCGCCACACCUUCAAGCCAUCUGUGGUCGGUUCUCACACCACCAGCAGCAAUGGUCAGGAUGAAUUGCUUAUCCCUGACACUGAGCUCCAAAGGAUACACGCAUUGGGAUAUAAAGAAUUGAUGUUUAUUCAUACCCACUACAGCCAUCUAAGUGAGAUUGUGUCUGGAGCACACGAGCCUCACCAAGAGAAAGUAAAAAGAAUUUCCCCAGGUCACCUGUCUUCUGCUGUCAUAUCAGCUACCAUCCGUGACACCUCCAAGGGCCAAACCAUCCCUGUGGCUGUCGAGUACACCCUUUCCUCUUCACAUGUGGUGGAGUAUUCACGGCGUGUUAGUCCGGUUUGUGCCUUUUGGAAUUUCAGCUUGAUGCAUAAUCAUACCAGUGGCUGGUCCAGUGAUGGUUGCAGGGUAACCUUUGCCGGCACUGGUGUCACUUCGUGCCUGUGUAAUCACACCACCAACUUUGCAGUGCUGAUGAAUUAUCUGGAGCCAAAGUGGAGUCCUGAAGAAGAGCUUAUUUUGACCAAGCUGACGUUCAUCGGUUCUGGCGCGUCUCUGUGUGCACUGGUGGUGACCUUAAUGCUAUUCACUGUGCUGGAUAUCCCCAAAUCUGACAGGACAUCCAUCCAUAAGAACCUGUUCAUCGCUCUGAUCUGUGCCCAGGUGAUUCUGCUCUGUAGUGGCUCAGCCAUCCACAACAAGGUGGCGUGUACACUUGUGGCAGCACUGCUCCAUCUCUUCUUCAUGGCAGCAUUUAGCUGGAUGCUGGUGGAGGGUCUGCUACUCUGGAGCAAGGUGGUCGCAGUCAACUUAAGCGAGGAACGACACAUGAAGUAUUACUAUCUCAUCGGCUGGGGUCUGCCAGUGCUGAUAGUCACCAUCACGCUGGCAUCAGCCUCAGGCAAAUACUCAGCCGACGGCUACUGUUGGCUCAGUGUCCAGAAUGGCAUUAUCUGGGGCUUCGCUGGACCUGUCAUCUUCAUCAUAAUGGUGAAUAUAAUGGUACUGACCAGGGUGGUUGUUAUCACCAUCUCCACAGCCAAGAGGAGGUCCAUCAUGUUGGCCAUGGGCACCAGUCCUGCUGAACAAGCCUAUGAGCAAAUGAGGGCUGCAGUGAAAGCAGUGUUGGUGUUGCUGCCCAUCCUUGGAUUGACAUGGCUGUGUGGCAUCUUGGUUCCUUUCUCCAUUGUCAUGGCCUACAUCUUCAUUCUCCUCAACUCUCUGCAGGGCCUGUUCAUCUUCCUGAUAUAUGGGGUGUACAACACAGAGGUUCGGAGCACGGUCAACAGGAUCAAGGAGAGAGAGAAAAAGCGUUAAUUUUUCAAACUGUGCCAGUUCCCGACCGUCCAGCUCAGUUACCAGCUCCCGUCCCGUCAGUUUCCCACUUGGAACUACACCAGGCCAGGAGGAGGAGGCCACCCCUACCUACACUUGCAGCACUACCCCAGGAUUGGAGAAGGAGGAAGAGAGGACCAGCGGUCAGCUGUCCAUUCCUUGUGUUCCAGAGAGACUAGAGAAUCCCGUGAGCCAAAAGUCCAAAGGCACUCAUCUGCAUAGAAAGGAGCCUCUUCCCUCGGAGGUGGAUGCCUUGCCAGCUGGGUGUAGUCUUCAUGUUCCCAUGGAGCUGGAGUUUGCCGCUUCCUGUUUCCCUCGCAGCCCCGCGCCUCACAAAAGCUACGGCCUUGUCUACGUCGACUGAGCGGGCUGGUGACGCUCUUCUUUUAAGAAGCGCUGGAUAAUUAUACUAUCACACAGAGGCCAGAAUGGCAUGAAAAGAAACAAAGAUGAAGCAGAGCAGCUGAGUGAUAUUCUACAGCAUCUUUCUUGAUUCUGCAUGCGUACACAAGAAGGCAUAUGUUCACAGACGAAACAAAAAUGCAAGUAAGCUCCCUUUCCUGACUUUCACUGUUCCUCAACUCUCCCAGAGUUUCCUGUCACUCUGCUUCUUACUAUCAAACAAAAAGGCCAGAAUGGCAUAAAAAAAGAAGGAACAGUAAAGUCAUAUUUUUCUCUGUAUCACAUUUGAUUCUACCCAUGAAACAGAAGAGAAUAUAUCUGCACAAUAAAACCCUUUUCUUGAUAUUUAUAAUCUCAAGACAACGUGUUUAAAGAGCAAUGUCCCAGAGCCACAAAUACGUCUUGAGAAAUGAGAGUACCUAUUGUUUAAAUGAUCUUUUCCACAACAUACACACAAAUAAAAGUCUCAUGUCAUGUGUUUCCCUCUACAUGCCGACAUCAACAGGAACCAAAUAUUUUCUCUAUAUAAUAAUAUGUUUCUGAAUCUGAAUUUCAUUCGGGAAUUAAUUGAUUAAUAAAAUGUUAUUC